CCCGCCGCGGCGGGCAGGAGCGUGCGGGUUGCGGGCUGGCACCGGGCCCGCCCCGCCCAGCACCGGCACCGGGCCGGCCCAUGGGGGCUCCGGGAGCGGCCGGUACCGCAGGCAGCCGGUGAGCCCAGGCCCGCGGUGUGACCGGCGGUGCGGCGUGACCAUGCAGGCGGAGGCCAGAGGGGAUUUCGGCAGCAGGGACCAGCGCCCCGAGCUCGCCAAGGAGGUGGUGGCCCCGGAGCGCCCCACAGGGACCCCCCGCCAUGGCCCGUCCCCACAGCCCCCUGCAGCCCCUGAGGAGCCGGGUGGCCUCGUCCCCAGCGCCAGCCUCCUGCAGGUCACCGAGCGCAGGCAGCCCCUGAGCAGUGUCUCCUCGCUGGAGGUGCACUUUGACCUGCUGGACCUGACAGAGCUGACAGACAUGUCAGACCAGGAGCUGGCCGAGGUCUUCGCCGACUCUGACGAGGAGAACGUGGCUGGAGAGGGUCCUGGUGUCUUUGUCCAGGAGGAGGCUCCAAGCUGUCACUCUGUCCCUGGUCUGUCCAUCCAUCCAGAAGCAGGCCCCAAGCCCUCUGUCUGUCUGGAAGUCUGUCCAUCUGUCUGCCCAUCUGGAGGCAGGCCUCAGCUGUCUGUCCCUGGUCUGUCCAGCUGUCUGUCUGGGAGCAAGCCCCGAGCCCUCUGUCCAUCCAUGGGCUGCAGCCAGCACCGCGGGCCGGUUACCUCCGCUCUCCCUCCUGGACCCGAACGCGGGAACAAGGCCGGGACAAGAAACACCUCAAUGAUCCACCGCUGCCACCAGCACCCCCGGACCCCCCCUUCCUGCCCCCCGAGCGCCCACGGGACCCCUAGAGCCACCACCAGGAGGGGCAACUGGUAGCCUGGACGUGUGGGGAAAUGGGGAGACUGGGGGGGGCUCCUGGUAUCCGCCUGGUUCUCUCUGUAUUCCGGUAAAACCAACCGACCACCCUCAUGCCUCCUCCUGCCCGUCUCCAUUGGGGGGCUUGGGGGGGACAUGACACACACACACUCCCUGGUGAUGCAGGCAACCGUCGCAAUAGCAAGACAAGAUUGUGCAAAAAGGCCUCAUUAAUGUCACUGACAGAGCCGG